AUGGUGUCUAGAUCAGUGAGGGACAGAAGUUCAGACAAGGGAGGAUCGAUGACUGACAACCGCAAGCGCAAGUCUGUCUUCAGACAAGCGAAAGAAGAUCGCGAAGAGAAUGAGUCAGAUCACUCGGACGAAGAAGUGAUCAUCUCACAUGCUGGCAGGAGUCUGGUGCAACCCAGCAGAAAUCACGGAAGACUGAUGCAAGUGAUCGAAAGUCAAGGCAUGAAACUGAACACAGGAGAGGCAGGGAAUCCCAGCAUGUCUUCCAAGACAGCUCACAAGCAUUUGUCUGAGAAGGAGUCCAAGAAGCGGACGAUCGAGGAGGAGGUCAGCGAGGAAGAGCCUGUUGAGGCAUCAGUUGCGAAGAAGUCAAAGAAGGAGCAGGUGGAGAAGAAAUCUGCUCGAAGCCCUCAUGCUUCACAUCACCGCAAGAGUGAGCGUGCAAGUAAGGUCCACGAUGAUCAGCCGGCAGCUUCCAAGAAGUCUUCCAAGUCGGAGAGACCGUCCAAAGCUGAGGCUGGCAAAGAUCUCCCGGCCCAUGAUGGCGAGGCCAAGCUUCCCGAGUACAAGAGCAACUUCUCAAAGCUGGUCCUUCACGAGGAGAUUCCUGCUGACCUUCCGGUUCCGUUUGACUUGGCGCGACGCGGUUUGGUUGGUGAUGUGGAGGAUGCGCAGGAGCCUCGGAGACUGCAGAAGCUGCUCGAACUCAUCGUAGAAGCUGAGACGGCGAGUGUGAGGCGUGUCUAUGGCCACGAGGCUCCACAACUGGUCGAGGCCUUCGAGGAAAUCUGCGCUCAGUUCAUCAUGGAGACAGAGAGAGUGACGAUCAACAAGAUGAAGCGUCUCUCCAACCACCGGCUGCCUGCUCAGACCGCUUACGCACGAGGAGAGGUUGAGAGGCCAAAGCCAAACCCUCUCAACGACCAGCGGACAGCUGAGGAGGCAGAGCUGAAGGCGCUGCUGGCCAAGUUCCAGGAGGAGGAGAGGAAGUGGGAGAGCGUGUACGAGGCGUCGACCAAAGUGAAAGACACGGAUGAGAAAUUCGCCAAGCUCCCCAAGAGCGGAACUAUGCUCCCGUCCUCCCAUCCCCUGAUGCAGGAGUUGAGCAUCAUGGACAGAAACCUUCUCCUCAGUCAGAAUGGCUGCUCAGAAUUCCCAGACCUCAUUGAGUGGGCAAGGAACUUCAUCAACACUGGAAUGGACAGGAUGCGAAGCGCUGUCGCGAGCGCGGAGGAGAAGUCGGAGAAGCUUCAGAGCCUGCAGGAGAGCAUGGUCAAGUCCAUGAGGCAGACCAUCCUGCGGCCUUACAUGAAAAUGUCGAACCCCAAGGAUCUUGUCAAGGCUGUUACGAUCUGA